AUGUACCUCUUCGGGGGAUACUCGGGGUUCACCUGGCUCAACGAUUUUCACUCGUUCAGCUUCGAGACCUCCACCUGGGCGGCUGUGCCUUCGGGUCACAAGGGGCAGGUGCCGUCCACGCGCUUCGGGUACGUCUCCGCGGUGAACGGCGACUUCAUGUAUGUGUUCGGCGGCUACGACGGCUCCGCCUGGUUGAACGACAUGUUCGACUUCGACUACGAGCGCGGCCAGUGGAGCGCCACCCAGGUGCAGGGCUUCAUCCCCACGGCAGGCCAGGUCGAGGCGCGUGUCUGCGCGGGCCAGCUCGCGCGGAUGGUCUGGCACACGGCCGGCCUCGUCCAAGGGAUGGGGGAGCUGGGCGCACAGCUCGACUGGGAGAACGACCGCGGGAGCUGCCCGUCCUGGGCCUCCCACAGGGGCUCCGUGUACCUCUUCGGGGGCUACGACGGCGUUCACAGGAUGAACGACUUCCACCAGUUCCGGAUGGCUUCGAGGACGUGGUCCUCGGUGCGCUCGGCGGGGCAGGUGCCGUCCCCGCGCUACUUCCACGCCAGCGUGGUUUACGCGAACUCGCUGUUCCUUUUCGGGGGUUACAGCGGGCAGGAGCGGCUGAAUGACCUUUACGAGUUCCGCUUGGACGUCCAAACGUGGUGCCGCCAGGGGGGGCCUCUCGAACUUCCUUUCUCUUUGGAGGAUGCCACGCCCUGUAAGGAGGGAGACUGGAAUGCUGCGCAGAAGGAAGGGGAGGAGAAGGAGGAGGAGGAGGAGGAGGAGGAGGAGGAGGAGGAGGUUGCGGACGGAGGGAGGAGGAGUAGGGAGGAGGAGGAGGCGGAGGAGGAGGAGGAAGGGGAGGAGGAGGAGGCGGGAGAGGAGGAGGAGGAGGAGGAGGGAGGAGGAGGGAGGAGGAGAGGGGGAGGGAGGGGAGGAGGAGAAGGAGGAGGGAGGAGGAUGAGGAGGAGGAGGAGGCGAGGAGGAGGAGGAGGAGGAGGGAGGAGGAGGAGGAGGAGGAGGCGGAGGUAG